CUUCACUAAGCUAGCCGGCCGACUCAGUGCCACAGAGCCUCUCUGCCCUCACAACAACUUGCGUGGGACACUAAAAAGACGACACCAUGCCCGACGUCGACUAACUUCGAGCAAGGAGAGAAAGGCAAACGUUUUAAAAACUAAUCUCACCAAGGUUCACGGGCAUACUCCUCCAUGUUUGUUUGUCGUCAGGCGAACUGUGCAGCGUCAUCACUGUGCGCGCCGUGUGCUGUUUUGGGAAGUCGUGUCGUGCACUCUUUGGAUUUUCCUAAACCAGGAUGCCUCUACCUCCGGCACUGCUGGCCCGCUUGGCCAAGAGAGGGAUUGUUAAACCGACGGAGCAAGAGGCAGAUGAGGAGAUUAUUGCUGAAGAUUACGAUGACAACAACGUAGAUUAUGAAGCCACAAGACUAGAGAAUCUACCACCAAACUGGUACAAAGUGUUUGACCCCGCUUGUGGUCUUCCAUACUACUGGAAUGUGGAGACAGAUUUGGUGGCUUGGCUGUCCCCGAAUGACCCAUCUGCAGUGCUGACAAAAGCUGCCAAGAAACUAAGAGUUGAUGGAGGAGGAGAAGAAAGAGUUGAGAGGCAGUUUGACAAGUCUGACAGAGAGCGAGAGCGGGACAGAGACAGAGAGCGGGAGAGGGAACGGGAAAGAGACCGAGAGAGGGAUGACGGGAGGGACAGAGACAGAAGAAAGCAGAGGAGGGAAGACAUUGCACCAUACAGCAAGAGCAAAAGAGGUAGAAAAGAUGAUGAGAUGGACCCCAUGGAUCCAAGUGCUUAUUCUGAUGCCCCCAGGGGCACAUGGUCAAGUGGCCUGCCCAAGCGUAAUGAAGCAAAGACGGGUGCAGAUACCACAGCGGCCGGGCCUCUGUUCCAGCAGCGGCCGUACCCCAGUCCGGGAGCCGUGCUUCGGGCUAACGCAGCGAACCAACUACCCAAGGAGUGAGCUGCACUCCAAGGGAGACAACAACCAACAGAGACGCAGCUAUGUCAUCCCUUUGCUCACAUCUUAACAUUUGCCAUUACAGACUGACAUCUCUUGAGUUUUCUUUUCAGUGUGAAAUAUGUGAACAUGUCAGAAAAUGGAGUGCUCAGCUUUUGUACCACCUGUGCAUUCACACUCGUUAAAUGUGUAGAACUGUUGUAAAUAUGUUUUUAUAUGACCGAAAGAUUGACCCUCUAAAUACCCCGUUUUUCAGGUAUUUAGUGGGCGCCAUUUGGUAAUAAAUUUAAAAGGAUUACUGUGAAAA